CAUUUCAUUCGCACCCGCACACAGCCUGCUUAGCCUUUCCCACAUGAAAACGAAAAGCAACGACUUGAUGGAAAUUUUGUGUCCAUCGUGCUGUGCCUCCAAGUUUGUUAAAUCCGUGAUCCAAUACCGCGUUUGAAAGCGACGAGUCCGGCGAGUCUUUUGCACCCAAGGUGGUAAAAAUCGAACUACGCCAAGUUCGCGAAAAAGUGACCGAAAAAGAGGCUCCGCGGCGAUUUUGCGGCCGCCGCUGUGUGUGUGUGACCAGAAAAAAUGCUCUGGAAGUGAACAAAAAUGCGCUCGCCAUUUUGACUCGAACAACAGCGAGUUUGCAACUUGUGCGGAGUGUGUUUGUGGUCCGGAUCCGACCCGAUCAGAUCCGGAUUUGCACACGUGCCAGCCCGUGGGUGCAGUACGUCACUCGCCCGCUCCCCCACCCAAACCUAUCUAUACACGUUGCUCUACGUGCCCGAACCUUCCAUUUGGCUGCCCAGCGGUAAGCCUUACGGGAGCCUGCACCUGCCUACCUGAGCGGCAGCGAUAACAACAAAAGGAAGCGGGGGAGAACAACUGCUGUUGCGGCUGUUGGUACUGCAAAGAUGGCGCACACCUCCGCGAGCGGUGUAGUAAAGGCGGACGAGGUGAACUUCUUCUUCCGGGACGAACACGGACAAAUCGCCAAGAUGCUCAAACCGGCACAACUGAAGUCCGAGAUGGAGGGCGGCAAGUCCGCCAUCGUGUACACUACAUCGGCGCGUAACAGCGGAAAUGGUAGUGCAACUGGCAGCGGCAUCGGCAACGUGGGACGCAUGGGCGCCUUCAGUCAGAUGGGCUCUGGCACUCAGGGACAAUUCAUACGGCUGCAGGACAACGGACUGGCCAUUCCAAAAACAGAAAAUACUUCGUACACGACUGUGGUGGCGCAGAAAAGUGCAGGCGGAGGCAGCGGCAACAUGUACGACGUGAUAAAAGGGGAUCGCUAUGUGAAGUAUACGCCAAACAAUCCUAUGAAAAUAAAAUCAAAACUCCAUGCCAUUCAGAGCAACUCCCUGCACUCCCUGUCCGGCUCGUCGUCGUCAGUCCAAAGGAAACGCAAGCCGGACAAGGCCGGAAAGGGCCUGCGGCACUUCUCGAUGAAGGUCUGCGAGAAGGUGGAGGAAAAGGGAAAGACCACAUAUAAUGAGGUGGCCGACGAUCUGGUCAGCGAGGAGAUGAAGAACAAUGCGUACGACAACAACUGUGAUCAAAAGAAUAUCCGACGUCGUGUCUACGAUGCUCUCAACGUACUGAUGGCAAUCAAUGUUAUCUCCAAGGAUAAAAAGGAGAUUCGCUGGAUAGGCCUUCCCGCCAAUUCAGCCGAGCAAGUUCUGGCCGUGGAAGAGGAGAAUUGCCGCCGUCGCGAGCGAAUAAAGCAAAAGCACGAGAUGCUGCGAGAAAUGGUCAUGCAACAUGUGGCAUUCAAAGGCUUGGUUGAGCGAAAUAAGCGUAACGAAAGCCAGGGCGUGGUGCCUUCUCCAAAUGCCUCGAUUCAGCUGCCGUUCAUAAUCGUGAACACGCACAAGUCCACCAAAAUCAACUGCAGUGUAACCAACGACAAGUCCGAAUACAUUUUCAAGUUUGACAAGACCUUCGAAAUGCACGAUGAUAUUGAGGUCCUUAAGCGUAUGGGCCUUCUAUUGGGGCUGGAUAAGGGAGAGUGCACGCCGGAGAACAUUGAACGAGUCAAGUCCUGGGUGCCGCCAAAUCUUGGCAAAUACGUAGAAGCGUACGGCACUGGUAAGACAGUGGAAACCAUGUACGAUUCGGACGACGAGGAUAAUGAGUUUAACGGGUACCUGGAGACUACCAAUGAAUCCCAAGGCUUUGCACAGCACUCGGCACAGCACACCACCACCGAUGGCGAGUUCAAGCUGGAGUUGGAUGAUGAUGAGCUUGAGGACGACAUUGAUUGAGCUGACGGGGCCGCCGGCAUUGUGCCAUCUUUUAUGGCCGAUGCGGACGCGGAUGGAGGAGUUGCAGAUGCGGAGGAUACAUUUAGUUUUACGUUUAUCAACGCAUUGUUGGGUCUGCCACGCUAAGUUUGCCCCUGGCUAGGUGAUUCACUCCACUCCACCCUGCCACACAUUUGGUUCUGCUUACUUUCUCAAUGAGAGACUUUUAAAUUAUGAAGAGCCAGAAUCAGUGGUCCAUGUAUGUGCGUGUACAUGUAAUCUGCAUACACAGUUUUUAAUUGUAUCAUUGAAGAUUUAUGUUUAAGCUCAAAACGUUUUUAAAAUAAUUUGUCUAGUUAAGCAGGAACUCCGUAUUUUAGUUCAAACAAUUUACAUAUUCAAUUAAUUGGCCCAGGCAAAUGUUCUUUCUCUUAUUAGUUGUUAUGAGUCUCCCAGCUCCUACCCCACCUUGCCUUUUCAUGUUUGGGUAGGCCUAAGUGACCGCGAUUAUGUUACGGGUGGUAAUUGUCUCUUAAUUAUACAUAUAUUAUAUACCAAAAUUGUACACACACAACAGUAAAGAAAUGCAAUUAUUUUCGAAAGGCCACUCGCAGUUUUAACUGCAGACAAGAUCAAACAUAUGAAAUAUGUUUCAUUUGCUUAAAUUAAUAGUCCCUCGAUGAACGAACGAAUGACGUUUCACCAUGAUUUUAAGUUGACAAUGGAGAACAGAUAAUUGCAAAAUAAUCAACCUACCUAAAAUUAGUAAUAACAUUUAAAAAGCGAUAUACACAUUUUCUGAAUUUGUAUUUAUAUUAUCGAACUCUCUUCAAGUGAAUACAAAGCAUACAAAUACAAAUACAAAUUAGUAGAAAGUCAAAGUAGAAGGCGUUAACGAGUAAGUGUCGAGAGCAUGUAGUUGUGUAAUAAAUCGAAAUAAAUAAUGCAUAUUGAUGAAAAGGAAAUAACAAACGGCAGAGAUGAAACCGAUUCGAGUAAAGAGUUAAUAAAGUGAGUUGCAUAUUGUAAAAUAUGAUAAACCAAGCAA